CGAAGAAAUCUUCUCUUGUUCGUUCCUCUCUCUCUCUCUUGUCUGUCUCUCAUGGCUCAACGAACACCAUUUCAGAUAACACAACAAAGGAGGGAUAACUGGGUUACGGGAGUGUUUUCAAGGUCUCGAAAUGCUUCGGCAGCUCAAGCAAGAGACGAUGCUUAUGAGGUUAGGGAAAAGCAGAGAGCCUGGCGUGAUCGAGUCGAAUCAAGAUUCAAAGAUCACCGAGGAAGGAUUGUAUACAAUGAACAUAUACAAGGUUUACGAAAGUUUGCAAGAUUUGUGAGAGCAUAUUUGGAAAGUGAGUGCCCGAACAUGAUUGUGGUGACAAUGCCCGUUAAGCGAACAAGAGGACAUGUUUUCCAGGUUCGUGAGUAUCAGGGUCAUACUUUUCGAAAUCACAAGGAAAUGAGUGAUGCAAUGCGCUCCAUAGUGGACAACGAGGGAAGGCGUUUGGAUUAUGUGAUGCACCUUGGAGAUGAAGUUGGAUUUGCUGGUGGGAUCGUUAAUGAGUAUGCUAUGCGUACAGACACUUCUGUAGACCAGCUAUAGACCCCUCUCACCUUAGACUAUACGUAUACUCACAUCAACUGCUGUUACAUAUGAUGUUAUAUGGCCGCCUGGUCUCUAAAUUCCUGGUAUCUGACUGUAAUUUUGUAAAUUUUCCUUCGUUAUCUGAUCGAGGAACUAGAAAGGUGCCUAUAGCAUUCUGUUAUUAAAACAUAACACAACUUUGGGUUUCAUACAAAACAAUACAUAAUAUACUACUAGUAGAAAUUUCAGACACAAC